AUGCAAGCAUAUGCAGGUGGAAGACCUAGUCAGUGCAGCUCUGCGGGUCUUGUGUUUUCGCUGUCUGUUCUUAGAAUGCCAUGGCCUGGACAGCGCGGUGCGCAGAAGCGGGCGCCAGGAAUCGAGAAGCUGAGCGCAAGGGACAGCGGCCGAAGAGGAGGGAAGAGCCCGCCUUCGUGGCAGCCUGGGAGGACCGAUUUCGUCAUGUUCUUUCUAUUCGCGCUGCUCCUGGUCACGGUCACCUCCUUUAUCAGCCUGCACAUUGUCCUAGCUGGGGUCGAGAAGGCUUCCGCCCCUACACCGAGGCGACUGAAGAGCUUUGCCAGCCAGCUUCUGGCACGGGCGACUGGGAUGUCAAUCUCCUCCACUACGGCUGCUGGUGGUCUGACAAGCGGGGUCGCCACAGGCCUCCCCCAAGCCUCAUCCAUCGCGCCGGGCAAGGAGAUGGAGGUUCGGACCCUAUCGAACACUGGAAGCUACCAUGUCGGACUUCCGCCGGCGGUUCCGAGGAGGUCAGCUUCUUCACCACAGAGCAGAGGCCAAGAAGAGGCGCGAGACACUGGGAAGAGCCAUGCUGGCCUUCCCAAGGCGAUCGUCAAGAGAGCUUCUCCUGCCCCACCAGGAUCCGAGGCAGCUCGGACGUCUCCAUCCCCGCACGUUGGCCUUCCAAAAGCUGUGCCGAAAAGCCCACAGAGUCCAGUGGCGCAACAAGAGAGAGGCUGCCGCGCCCACUGGGCAGAAGCAUGCUGGCCUCCCACAGGCUGUGCCGAAAAGCGGCAUUCCGGGGAGGCCGAUGCAGGUAGUCCGGAGCGUCCAAGAACGCGCUGGGCUUCCGCAGGCGGUGCCGCAGCUGGGCUUCCAAUCUUCUUGGACGUGCGAGCCAAGCUGGAGGGCCAUUCCCAAGCACAGGCCUUGGAUCUUGCGAUUGGUCAAGCCGAGCAAGCCUUUCGGAGGCUGCUGAACGGCAAGAUUCAGGUGCAGUUCAUGCGGAGCAGGAUCUGCUCCCGCCUUGAGGCUUGGCUCAUGAGUCUGGUGCGGCUUGGACUCUCGAUACUGCCUUCAAAGCAAGGUAUUCAUGACGGGCCGUUUGCCUUGGUCUGGCCGCAAGCCGCCUACCUCCACUUCGGGGUGAAGCGCGUCUGGAGUUUGGGUGAGUACACGCAGUGGGCCGAUCUUUGCGCGGCACUUUGCACCCUCGGCAUCAAGGUGGACCUCUGGCCCUAUGGACGGCAUCACAUUCCUAUGCCAGAUACCUACCGCAAGACCGAUCUCAUCUUCACCGACUACGACGGGGUCCAUGGAGGCAAGUCGAUGGAUGCAAUGCCUCCUUCUGACAAGACCUGGCUCUUGGACACCUUCGGGACCGACGGCACGGUGCUGGAUCACCAGUUCUGGGGACGCAUCCGGCCCCUGACGGACUACCCGCUUCAUCGCUUCCUGACCUUGAUACCAGGCUUCAGCCCUCGAAAUACCUUUCUGGGCGCGGCCACGGUCGCCAGCCGCACAGAGGACUCAGAUGCCGCAAAGGAGCUUCCCCAUCGCAACUGGCAAUGUGUGCUGUGGAGCAAGGUACACCCCUGGCUGAAUGCGUCUUUGGGGUGGCCUACUUACCACCUGUCCCUGCUGCGCGAGUACUCGAAGUACUGCAAGGUGAUUGCUACGAUAGACAAGCAGGAUACCUUCGGGACCGAGAAGAUCUUGAAGUCUUGCUGCCCCGAAAUCGAUAUUCGCAACGUUCAGUCCCCGGCCUCCUUCAAGGAUCUCUUGCAAAGCUCGGCGGUGUACCUGGGUGUAGGCGAGCCGCUGAUAGCACCCUCGUGCUUCGAAGCCUUGAGUGUCGGGACCCAUGCCAGCGACCCAGAAGUUGGGUCCUUGUCCAAGGCAAGCAAAGUGGUUGCUACACAGCCCAUUUUAGCGGACCAUCCUUCCUUGCGGUGGCCGCAAACCGACUUCAGCAUGGUGCCUGCGUUGUCGAUGUGGCUGGCCUUGGCAUGUGAAAUCCUGCUGGUAAGGGCCAUGCCUCGAGAGGGCUCCACUGCAUGCCCACAUUUACAGUUUGCAGACGGCAGGAACUCCACUGAUCCCGGCUAUGGCUGGGGGUGUCGCGCCCAUGAUGUGAAUGGGUCUCAGUAUCCACAGUGCUUGUCUGUCCCGCCGCCGGAAUGGUGUCUGGGCAUGUGGUGUUACGUGGACCCGAAUCGCUGCGCAGUCACCAACCAGGCGAGCGAGCUUACCCCCGACCGGCACUGGAGCUACACCACCUGCGGCUAUCGAGACUUGUUCUCUCUGGCAAACAUCACGGAGAGCAUCCGCGGGCAGACGCUGCGCGUGCUUUUCAUUGGCAACACUGGGGGCUGGAAGGGCAACUACUGCAGCGAGCCGGGUCGGAUCUGUAUCAAUCAGCGUGGACGGGGGCCAACCCAGCGUGUCUUCGACACCCUCACGAACGCUGCUGGCUUCCUCGUGGACGUGCAGCAGGAGGUAGAUCAAGCUGUCCUCGAACAGAUGAGGAGGGUUAGCUCUUCCAACUCCCAGUUCGACUUGUGCACCUGGGCUACGGGCAUGGGAUUCGUUGACAUUUGUGGUUGCUCCAUGGUGAUGCUCCCCAGACGAACAGAUGCCAGCCCCUUCAUCACGAUGUGGACAGAGCCGACCGUGCUGGUGGGCCCAAUCACGGCCGAGCAGGCCAGUGAUGAUUUCCUGUCCUUGAUCGGCCGGGCUUUCAGACCCUUUACUCCAGGACUUUGGGGCAUGGUUCUGGCGAUGGUCUUGUUCAUGUCCACGCUGAUCACCUGCUUUGAGCGGGGUGAAGGGGGCCAGUUCGAGACGUUCAAGAAGUCGGAGACCUUUGGAGAAUCUCUCUGUGCUGCCUUCUCCACCCUGGUGUCUUUUGAAGUGCAAUUCCAGCCGCAGACAGUAGGUGGGCGCACAGUAUCUUUGGGGCUCACCUUCUUUCUGAUCUUGCUGGUCUCUGGCUAUACGGCCACCUUGGCAUCCUUCCUGGUAGUUGAGAAUCGACUGGCCUCGCCCAUCUCCAGCCUCGAUGAUGCCAUCCGGCUGAACUACAAGGUCUGUGCCCACACGUCAGACAGCGGGCUGGUGAUCCUGAGCGGAGUAGCACAGAGCAACGUGGUCGUCCUUGCUUCCAGGGGUGACGUCUUGCCAAGCGUGGGCUCCUCCUGCGACGUGGCCGUGCUGCGGCAAGAGGAUUUCGAAGCAUCCCAGGCUGUCAAUCGGGGAAGCUACUGCGAUCUCGCAAAGAUUGGAGAUCCCAUUUCAACCACUUCGAUUGGGAUGGCCGUCUCCGAUAAGUGGGCACGGGCAUUGCGCUAUGCAAUGACGACAAUAGACCAAGAAGCGCUGGUGCAGGAAGCGCUGAAUGCCUACAGGCCCAGAGACUUCUGCAGUGCCGUGGCUGCAGAGGAAGAAGCCACAGCUGAGCCACCGGCCCUGCAAGUUGUUGGGAUGGCAGGCCCCCUCAUCCUGACCACUCUCAUCGCCAUUCUGGCUGGCUUUCUGCAUGUCUCAAAGGCUUCCAUCGAUAAGCACCGUGGGCGCCGGCAGCAAGGGGCUGGUGUCGCAAGAGCCGAGAACGAGGCCUUGGAGAUCGACAAUGAAAAGCUUUCAGGAGCUGGGAGCAGCCCGCUGGAACAGAAGCAAGGUUCUGGCUCAGCCGUAUCUGUUGCCGUGCUCAGCCGAUCUGUUGCCGUGCAGGUCGAAACCCCACAGAAGGAUCCAAGCCUCGAGGAGCGCGACAACGCCCACAAGCAGCAGGAGACCACGAAACGACCACCACGCCGGGAAAUCACCAGGCAAAACAAGCCCAUCACUCAGAAGUGGACCUCUCAGCAUCCAUUCUUGGAGCAGGUACCGGAGCCCUUCGCAUACACCGUGGAUCCUCUCGACUUCAAGGCUUUAGCCGAGACAUUCCGGAAGAUUCGCGCGGCCUACGACUCUGUCUACGGCCAGGCAGACACCUCGAACACGACGCUUCGGAAGUUCUACACCGUGGGCGAGUAUCCGGGAAGGGAGGUCUACUCCACCGAAGGCUUCCUUGAGCGAGUUGCACGUGUCGUCAACAACACCAGGAGCCUGACACCCGCAGAUUGGGAGUGGGAGCGGCAAGACCACCCCCAGCUGCUUCCUGACAGAGCUUUUCCCAAACGGGCUGCUGGCUAA